AUGCAGCAGCAAACGCCCGGAAGUGAUCCAGGUAUUCACCGAACACACAGUGGAAUCUACUUGAAAAAGGGACAUGAUUGGCCCCGGAGAGACACCACUUCACCGCCUGUCGGCCUUGUCAGCCAAGAGGACUCAAUUGUUAUCACAGCGACUACAAGUCGGGGAAUCGAUCCAUCACAGUUGAACAUGAUGACAAGAAUCACAGCUAAACCAGCCUAUUCGGUCCCAUCAAGAGAUCCUCCCAGCUAUCCCCCGCCACAAAUUGUCUUUCCGAAAUUUGAACCAUUGGAAAGAGAACCACGUACUCCAAUCUCACCAUUAUCCGUGGAAAACCUAUUCAGCGAUUCGGAAGAAUUUUCUCCGAAGGAGCCUCCUCCAAAAAUUGCUCCCCUUGGCUCAAUCAGUGAAACCGAAGUGACAACAGAGGCCAGCUCGUUAGGCGAUCGACAACGAAGUGGUGAAGAAUCUAAUAUUAUAUAUGAUAGACACCUGGGAACAGCUCAAUCUCCACAAGACCUUCCCACCCCACCCCCCGAAGCCGAUGCUCCAAAAUUGAAUGCAAGACCACAUCACCAGCAUUUCCGCAAUCACGUCCACUUUUCCCACGCCACGCACACUCAAGGGCCAUCGGCACAUCUUGCAAGCGAUGAACACCAAAGCGAUCUCGAGAUUGAAGAAGUUGAAUUGGUGCCCGACGCUGAAUUGAAUGACGCUGAAGAGCAUGAUCGUCAGAAUGCUCAAAAUGGACGUCCCAUGCUUGCGCCAAUGCUUGUCGAAACGCUUCGCCGAACUCUCUCCAAGGCGGAUGAAUUUGCGGCAAGACGUUUAGAGUACCCAAAUGGCAUGCAAUACACCAGACAGCAUAAACCAUUCUCGACAUGUUCUCUCAUUUUGGGGAUUCUCUUUGCGAUCGUUUUGAUUGUAGCCAUUGGAAUCUUCAUUGCAUGGGCUGUGACAAGUGAUGGUUUUCACAAUUUGGGCAAAUCCAAAGACACAUGCUCUACAAAAGCCUGCAUCGACACAGCAUUCCGUCUCAGCUCUUUUAUGGAUCAAGAUGUUUUGCCUUGCCAGAAUUUCUAUCGUUAUUCAUGUGGUGGAUAUCAUUCACAGAAUCUUGCUAAACAACUCACCUAUCAAGAAGAAAUGGAGGAAAACACAUUGGCGUCGAUCCUAGAUAUGAUGAACCAAGUGAACUUCACCGAAAUCCCUCCACCAUCGCGGAUUGAAGUCGUUGGACGGGAGAUCUUCGAUGCUUGCAUGAAUAACCCUCAGCGCUCAUUCAUCGGCGGUCGUCCCUUCCAAGAUCUCCUCCGAAAUGUUCCUUGUGGACCCAUUUUCCCUGACUGCCAGAAUUUCGAUGAAGGACACUUUUCUUGGGAAAGAUAUGCGGGAAUGAUGGAUGUAUAUGCUGGAAGAUACAAUUUGAUCGUGGCUGGGACGGAGAUCAUCAAUCCAAUGGAGAGGGCAUUGAGACUAUCGUUCCGACCACCAGCUCUUGAUGGUUUCCUUGGUCCAAUCAAGCAAAAGCUUCUACAAACUCACAUGCACGAGACAGAGUUUGAGCCAUUACUUGCAGUGGCACUCCGACAAGAUCUACUCAAUGAAAUGUCUCACCAACUUUUGCGAAUCGAUCCGUUGAGUGGUGAUCGACACGAUAUGCUUAUUGAAGUAUCGCAACUCAUCGUGCAAAUGGACAAUAUCACAAGACAGAUCCAGCCCUCAAGAACGGUGAUGUCACUGGGAGAGUUCUUGAAUGCCGUUCCACAGAUUAAUAUGACCGAAUUCUUGAAUGGUGAACUAUCGGGAGUGUUGAGUUGGUCGACCGGGGAUCCCGUUGUCAUUUACGAUUUUGAAUACUUUCAACGCUUUGUUCAAAUUGCCUUGCAAAAUCCGAGAAGAGCUUUGGCCAACUAUUUGACAGUUGUUGCUGGAAUCAACUUGAGGAAUUACCUCAUUUUACCUGGGGAUAAUGCAACAUGGCGAAACUGUGCUCAGCAGACACAAAACAUCGAUAUUUACUCUAACAUUUACAUCAAUCGGAGAAUGAACAACAUCUCUUUGCCAGCGAUUUCUGCUUUUACUCAACGACUCCGUGAUGAUUUCAUUUCUUUUCACAAAAAUCCAUCAUCGAUAUCUGCUCAAACAAGAGUUCUCGUUGGAUAUCCACAAAAAUUACUGGAUCAACAAUAUGUUUUUCCGGAUUCUCUUGCGAUUUCUCUGAACACGACAAGCUAUUUUGACUCGAUGACAACCGUUUUGAGAGCUCAAAGAAGAAGAGAUUUUGCUGAAGUUGGAAAUUUGCUGGCUGAUGAUGACUCGAGUGGCUUUUAUCCAAUGACACCCGGAGUAUUGGAGAGUCGAAAUGAGAAUGCAUUGGUGAUCCCACUGGCCGCCCUUCAAGAGCCUCUAAUAAUUCCCGGCUCGGAUUCUCCGCAAUUCUCCAUUUUCGCCACUUAUGGAAUCACCAUCUUAACUCUUCUAUCCAAAGUAUAUUGGCAGGAUCAACAAUCAAACAUGCCUUUGCCGUGUUUUGAGCAAGAGUAUCGAACUUUUCUGAGCUCGAACUUCCAGAAUAUUGAAUUCUCGGCUGAUUUGAUGAAAAGUCUUUCGAUAGCGGAUGCUUUAAUAACAGCUGAGUUCUCAUAUUAUCGAUGGAAAGAUGAAAGUGGAUUGAGAAGCGAAAUACAUCUACCAACACUCCAGAAAAUGAAUAAUUGGGAAGAGUUCUAUGUGACAGCUGGAACGAUGACGUGCAAUCGAGACGGUUUUCUCGCUGGCUCUUUCUAUGAAUCAACAAUCAAUACCGCUUUCUCGAUGUCUGAAGAGUUCUCGAGGAGUUUCCAUUGCAAGAAAGAGCAGCCAAUGUACGAGAAUGACUGUUUAAAACCAUUUUUACAAAUCGUA